GUCCUCAUGUCUUUGGAGUGAAUACUCGCUCUUUCCACGGCACGUUGUUUGUGCGGCCUCGACUUCCUUUUCUGUGCAGAUUUCAUGGCGAGUGAUAGCGGGGAAGAGUUGAUUCACCUACCGUGACCACACUGACCCGUGCAUCAACCUCAAGAGACGCGUUUCUCGGUUGUCAUUAAUAAAGUAGCAGUGACGUCAGACGAGUAGUCCUUCAUCUUUUAUUUCAGGUAUUUUGGAGAUCUGGGUGCUUUCUAAACAGAACGCUUGUGCUGUUAACACCAUCUCUCAUCGUGUUGUGGCUGUAGCUGCUCCCACUGAAGAACUGCCAGUCAAUGGCUCUAAUGGACAAACACAAAGUCAAGCGGCAGAGACUCGACCGCAUUUGUGAAGGCAUUCGACCACCCAUCCUCAAUGGGCCCAUGCACCCUCGUCCUCUUGUGGCACUGCUGGAUGGACGGGACUGCACUGUGGAGAUGCCCAUCCUGAAGGACGUGGCCACCGUAGCCUUCUGUGACGCUCAGUCCACCCAAGAGAUUCACGAAAAGGUUCUAAAUGAGGCUGUUGGUGCUUUACUAUACCACACCAUUACACUCUCACGAGACGACCUGGACAAAUUCAAAGGCCUUCGGGUCAUUGUGAGGAUCGGCAGCGGGUUCGACAAUGUUGACGUUAAAGCUGCGGCAGAGCUGGGUAUUGCUGUGUGUAACGUUCCUGCCGCCUCUGUGGAGGAAACGGCAGACACCGCCAUGUGUCUCAUUCUGAAUCUGUACCGGCGCGUCACUUGGAUGCAUCAGGCCCUCCGUGAGGGAACCCGCGCCUCCAGUGUGGAGCAAAUCAGAGAGGUGGCUGGGGGUGCUGCCCGUAUUCGAGGAGAGACGCUGGGCAUCAUUGGGCUUGGACGUGUGGGCCAGGCCGUUGCUUUGAGGGCAAAAGCCUUCGGGUUUGGAGUGAUUUUCUAUGACCCGUACCUGCCGGAUGGCGUGGAGCGGUCACUAGGGCUUCAGCGCAUGGCAACACUACAGGACCUUCUCAUCCACUCUGACUGUGUGUCGUUACACUGCAGUCUGAAUGAACAUAACCAUCACCUCAUCAAUGACUUUACCAUCAAACAGAUGCGUCAGGGGGCGUUCCUGGUGAACACUGCUCGUGGAGGACUGGUGGAUGAGAAAGCUCUCGCCCAGGCUCUGAAAGAAGGAAGAAUACGGGGAGCGGCCCUGGACGUCCAUGAGACAGAGCCCUUUAGUUUUUCUCAGGGCCCGCUGAAGGAUGCCCCAAAUCUUAUUUGUACCCCACACACAUCCUGGUACAGUGAGCAGGCCUCUAUUGAGGCCAGAGAGGAGGCAGCGAGGGAGGUGCGCAGAGCCAUUACAGGUCGUAUCCCUGACAGUCUGAAGAAUUGUGUGAAUAAGGAGUAUCUGAUGGCAGCAUCCCAGUGGCCGUCUAUGGAAGCUGCCACUGUGCACCCUGAGCUGAACGGAGCAGCCUAUAGGUUUCCUGCAGGGCUGAUUGGUGUAGCGACAGGAGGCCUGCCUGGAGCCGGGGCAGGAGUGGAGGGCAUCGUGGCUGGAUCUCUGCCUCUGGCCCACGCCAUCGCCCCUGUCUCGCACCCACCUCAUACCCCAUCGCCUGGGCAACCCUCCAAGGCAGAGGCUGACAGAGACAUCCCUUCUGACCAAUAGCAUACCAACACAUUCCAUUUUACCCUUUCACCUAACCCAAGGGUCGGCCAAGGCGGUCACCCCUGCUUUUGACGUGACCUCGGGUCACCCCAGUCCAACAACAACAACAACAGAACAUGUGUACAAACCCAGGAGUGACCCAAUCGAAACCCUCAAACUUACCCCUCAUUUCACUCGCUGUAUACUUUGUUUUUCCACUUUGGCAGUAAGCAAUAACUUCUCUCAAGGACUCAAUAAUUGGGUUGACACACACUCUUCUCUAAGCUACAAAAAUCCCAAUUCCUUUGUUUUGUGUCUACUCUGGACUAGUUGGAGUUUAUUUCUGAGUAGUGUUUGUCAUGUUUUAACAGCGUGGUAAUAAACGCAUGGACUUUC